UGCAGAUUCCAGCCACAAUCCACCUGCGCGAGCGAGCUAGUGGACUUCUGAUGCUACGCGAGACUGGCGAAAGAAGAGUGAGCGUUAAACAUUACAAGUCGGGGGGAAAAGUUGUUUUUAUACCCACACCGGUUACUAAAUUGUGGCUUAAAAGCAGAGCAAUGGAUUUCAGUACGUCCUGCCUGUGUUUAAUCAAUGUUAUUCUCCUCGCAGGCUCUGCCUGUGGACUACAGAUCACCUCCACUAGCCCCACAUCCAUUGAGAAAGCCAGUGGAGAGACUGUGAAGCUGGACUGUCAGUUUACUCUCUCUGCUGAGGAUUCUGGGCCUCUGGACAUUGAGUGGAGCCUGCAGCCCUCUGACAACCAGAAGGAAGAGAAAGUGGUGAUUGUGUACUCAGGUGACAGGGCCUUUGAACACUAUUACGAACCUCUUAAAGGAAGAGUUCACUUCAACUCCCCUGACCCUAAAAACGGUGAUGCCUCCAUGAACAUCAUGGGUCUGAAAGCCACAGACACAGGCACUUAUCAGUGCAAGGUGAAGAAGGUUCCUGGUAUCAGCAGCAGGAAGUUCCUCCUGACCGUCAUGGUGCGCCCUUCUAAACCCAGAUGUUAUGCAGAGGGUCAGACUCAUGCGGGGAAAGAUAUGGUGUUGAGGUGUAGCUCUGUGGAGGGCACACAACCACUGCAGUACAUUUGGGAAAGAACCACAGGCAAUAAACUACUGCCACCCCUGGCAGUGCUGGAUCCAGUCGGGGGCACCAUGAGUCUGAGGAACGCGACAGAGACCGCUUCAGGAACAUACAAAUGCAUUGCUAAAAACCGUGUUGGAACAGGAGAGUGUUUGGUGGAGGUCAAUAUCACACAACCCCCUAACAAUGCCGGCGUCAUCGCAGCUGUAGUAAUCUGCAUUCUGCUGUUUCUCAUUCUCCUCGCACUCCUCCUCUUCUGCUUCUGCCGUGCCCGCAACAAGAAGAAGUACGAGAAGGAGAUUGCCUAUGAGAUCAGGGGCAGCCAGCGCUCCUCUCUGGGCUCCAUGUCUCCCUCCAACCUGCACGAGUACACCAAGCCCCAGUAUGACAAGAUACCCUCUGAAGAGUACGAGAAGCCCCCUAGUCAUGCCCCUAUUCCCCCACCCAGCAGAAUGGCCGGCCCCAACCUAAGCCGCAUGGGGGCCAUCGCUGUCAUGGUCCCUGCCCAGAACAGGGAUGGUUCCAUUGUGUAAAGCUGAACUGGGAUCGUUCUCCACACAUUUUGACUGUCACUAUUCUAUUCAUUGUUCUAGUGGAAUUUGUGAAGGAGCAAAUAAAGGUCUCUGCAGUGAGUCGAACUCGGCUUGUACCAUCUCUGAUAAUACAAUUUGACUUACAGAACUUCAACAAAUGUUAACAAAAACUUUAUUCAGUGGGAUGCGGAAAGGUGACUGAUUCGCCUGCUCCUGUUUUGUAAAUAAUGCAUGAUGUUUUUUUUUCAUUUUAAAAAUAGAAGGCCCUAUAGAAUAUGACACUUGAAUUGUUUUCCUAUUAAGUGUUCUCCAGAGAUGAAAUGAAACCCAUUGAACUAAAUGAAAUGCAUGUAGUACAACCCAUAGCUCUUGGUUUUAGAUGAGAACUCCCAAGCUAUUUGUUAUUCUUUUUGCUUUUUUAUCAGUUUGAAAAAUUUUUAGGCAACUUUAAACCAUUUAUCUAUGACAAUUAUUAUUUCUUUAUGCUACAAAAGCCGGGUAAAAAUGUACUGAAAGGUCUGUGGAAAAUAUGUGGGUUGGUUUUGGUUUCUGGAUGAUAUUGUUUUAAAAAAAAAAGAUAACAGCGUUUGUUUGGAUUGAAAAUUUACAUGUGAUGUGUAUAUAUGAACAUGAGAUUGUUUUAUCUGAAAAUGAGCUAAUACUGGAACUCGUAACCUUCUUUGAAUUUUUUUUAAUUUAUUUUUUUUGGACCAUUUGGCAGUUGUAAACCCCCAUCGGUUCGUGUCAGAGUGAUUAGUGCUCAAGUCUCUGAUUGGUUGUUUGCUUAUAGAUUUUUAAAAGACUUUUGAAUGUUUAUGAAUACUUUAUUGAUUAGGAUUAGUCUUAACACUCUCAAGUCACCGUAUCCACCACAGUGAGUGUCAUCAUUCUUGAGGAAACAGUCUUUAUUGUUUGGGUUACUGUAUAUUUCAUCCCGCAGGGUCACCCUAACGUUCACACUGUGCCUUUUUUAACUUUGGGUGUAAUGAACUGGUGUCACUGGUGGAUCCAUGUCAGCAGUAAAUAACACGUGAAUGAUUACAAAACAAUCAUAAUUUAAAGUACAUUUUGAUUAAGGAUGUUGUAAUGCAAAAUUUAACAUUACAUGAUUUAUUGCCAGUUUCUGUGCAACAAACAUUCAAUAUAUUGAUAGAUGUAUAACAAACUGUUCCUUUUUUUUUUUCUCUCAUAAAUGCUGGUUUUGGUCUCAUGGAAGGGUAUUGUGUAUGCUGACAACUAUAUGCUGUCUGUCUGUGUGUCUGUUGUACACAAAUAGCAGCCUUUUCAUGAUCUGCUUGUCUUUUGACCAGGGUUCCUGUUGAAUGUGUAAAUAUAUUUACUGUAAUGUUGGGUGCGAUUGAUUGCGUUUGUCUUUACGGCUGUUGGCGCUCAGGCUGCGAAUUUGAUGAAGGAAAAGAGGAUGAUCAGGCUAAUCAUCCACCAUCUGGAUAAGGUAUUAUUAACAUUUAUUAUACAUAUGUUGUCAUUACCCAAAAGCACAUGUACUUGUGAUUUCCCUGCCUUUAAUUUAUUAAGCUUGAAAGGUGCAGUUACAGGAUCAGUUCAGCUUGUUUAAACAUGGAGACUAAUGCCAGUGU